AUGUCCGUCUUCGGCAUCUGGCCCUCCGAGGCUCUCCUCGCAACCCUCAACGAGGAACCGAUUCAGGAGAGACGAUACACUCUUAUCUGCAAGAAGGAGUCUCGCUUGGGAACAGCUGCUGCGAUGGCGAUGUCCAUUCUAGGCGUCAAAUAUCGUGUCGAUUUCGAACAGACGGACGACGACAAGCCCGCGUUAAACUUGAACGUUCCAAAUGACACUGUCAUCGUCCACAAUGAGGAGAUUCUCACCUUUCUGGUCAAGAACCAUGACCAGCACCACAAAAUCUCCUAUGAAGAAGGCAGUCUUAUGGCCAGCAAGGUUCAAACUCGCUAUGAGCAAGUUAAGCAGGACAUUAAAAAUCUCGGCGACGACGCAGGCGCAUUCUGUGCCCUGAGCUACGGUCUGGUCUGGUCGCGCGAGCAGUGGGUUGUGGGACGCAAGGUCACACUCCCCGACCUCGUCUUGCUGCCCUACGUCUACGCUCUGCAUCGAAGGCUCAAGGCACCGACCCUCCCACGCGUGGACGAUUGGCUCGAUAGAAUGGUCAAAAAGCCCGCCGUGAGAAAUGGUAUGGUGAGAGCAGGCUGGGAACUGGGCGGAACCGACGAGGAGUUUGAGAUGAUGUUCGAGGGUUGGAGUCCUCUUGUGCAGAGGCACGAAGCCGAUCAGGGAAUGAGGUCUUUGGGUGAUCAGUUUUUCGCUGGACACGGCAGGUCGGGAUCAAAUAACUGA